GGAGCAGGCUACGAAAGCAUGGUAAGCUACGUUAAUUUCUUUCUUACUGUUUUAUUUUCAAAUGUGUGGUCUUCAGUCACAACGGCGCCGCUAAAAUAGCCUCAACGUUUAUCACGUAACUAACCGCACCAGGACAUACGGGACACACAAACAACAGAGCGGAGUCUCAGUGAGCCGACGGCGCCAUCUUGUGUCGGGACACAGUGAUGUUACAGUGGGAGGAGACCGGAGCUCCUCACGGAGAGACUGAACUUAAGACGGUGAAUUGAAUCUCAGUUUGUCUGUCACCCUGCUGUGGAAGAGUUUGACUCACACAGAAUCAGUCACAGUUCUGUUUUCAUACCCUGAGGCCAGUUUAACACCAGGAGAUAAAGCAACUGACAAGACGACAAACCUGAAGACAACUGCUCAGAGUUCAGGAUGGACAUAGAACAGUAUUGUGUGAAGCUGUCGGUCAAGCCAUCCAGAGGGCUCAUGGAUGAGGUUUUUAUCGUCCUGGUCCAGAACGUCUUUCCUGCUUUCCAGCUGACAGUCCGUGCCCUCCACCAGUGUGAAGACGGACACAGCUGGGAGGCGUUCGGUCACUACACAGCCAACGCCACUGGGACCGUGAAUGUUUCAGAGGAUCUCAGCCUGGGCGGGACAUAUUCUGGGGUUGAACCCAUGGGUCUACUGUGGAGCCUCAGACCAGUUCCAGGCAGCAAACCUGGGCUCAGGCUGAGGAAGAUGAACGUCCAGACUCCCAUGGAGGUCACAGUCUCAGUGUACGAAGGUCACCAGACUGAAGGCUUUGCAGACCAGGUGCCGCUGGCCAGUGUGGUGGUGGAGCGUUGGUACAUGGCGCCCGGCAUCCGCAGGAUCCCCGUUACAGAGGAUGGACUCACUGCGACCCUCUUCCUACCCCCAGGACCGGGACCUUUCCCCGGCCUCCUGGACCUCUGGGGGGGUGGAGGGAAGUUGGUGGAGUACCGGGCAGCGCUGCUGGCCUCCCAUGGCAUCGCCUCCCUGGCCCUCGACUACCUGACACCUAAAGUUGCCAUAGAAACUGGGAAGAUGGUGGGCAACGAGUACUUUGAGAAGGCCUAUAGAUUCCUGGAGCAGCAUCCUCAGAUCCUCGGCAGCAGGAUCGCCAUGUUGGGCCUUUCCCUCGGCUGUAGUAUCACCCUCAAAAUGGCUGUUUACUCCAAAGUUAUGAAGCUCAGGUGUGUGGUGUGCAUUGGUGGGAGUCAUGUGCAACCGGUCGAAGGAUCUGUGAAAGAAAUGAUGGCUUUCUUUGAUGAAAACUCUGGGAAGACUCGCUUUGACAAGGAGAACAGCAUGAUCUGUCGAGAGCUGCUGCUGCCCAUCCCUACCGACACCUCAUUCAAAGUGGACGUGGGACGACUCCAGUGUCCUCUGCUGCUGGUUGUAGGUGAGGACGAUCAGAACUGGCCCGCCUGUGAGUCUGCAAUAGACAUGAAGGAGAUGAUGGAGCGGGCGGGGAACAGCCACCUGCUGACUAUCCUGUCGUACCCGAACACUGGUCAUCUCAUUGAACCUCCGUUCACGCCAUUUACCCGAAUAAGCGGCUUCAGAUCAGCCAGCUCACGUCAGAGGAUAUUAACUCUGUGGGGCGGAGAGACGGCGGCACAUUCUCACGCUCAGGAAGACGCCUGGAGGAAGAUGCUCGUCUUUCUGAGGGAGAAUCUGUACAGCUGCAAAAACUCCAGUGCAGCUUCAUUUUCCCACCUGUAACCAUGGCAACAACUGAUGAUCAUAGUGGGAAGAGCUACUUCAGGCACCCCUGGUUUAAGGACACUAUAACAGAAGGAGGGGUCAUGAUGUCAGUGAUGGCACCGGAGUUUUGCAGUGGAGUCGGAUUUGGGGGCCACUAGUUAAUAGGGUGGGCAUGACAAGUGCAACUAUUACGCAUCAAGUCUUUGCUGUUUCACCUUGGACUGAAAAAUGCUUCCACAAAAUUAAAUUACACACAUUAUGUGAUGUUGACUGACGUUUUAUGUCUAAAUGUGCUCGUUUGUUUGGUCAUCAAACAGAUCGUGGCUCUGUCCAGCAGCUCCACGUAACUCAACUCAAGCCUGUUUUGUUCAAGCGGUGACAGAGUCCAAGAAAUGAAGCCAAAAACUGCAGUAAGGUCCACUUGAGGCUGGCUCCAAAACAGAGUGCGUCCCUGUAGACCCCCAUGUUAAAAUGCACAAGUUUACAGCCUGGUGCAACAAACAGUUUUGGUCUCUAUAGCUAAUGUCAACAUUCAUGACACCUGUACAGGAGGUGGAUUUUUUUUUUUAGAACUCCCCUGUUAAAUUUCAUCAAGGCUUAAAGCUACGCAUUUUAAGAGCGGAGCCACUUGAGUGACAGGCUGUCUGCAAGGCGUUACCAUGGCAUCAGGUCCACCCCUCACUCCUCCACAGCUCCAUCCUCUCAUCCAAAUAUGUCCACUUCUGGCUCCAAAACACCAAGAUAGCAACGGCUGAAAUGCUGAACUCAAGGCUUCAAAAUGGCAAUCAACAAACCAAUAGGUGACGUCACGGUAGCUACGUCCAUUAUUUUAUAAAGUCUAUGGUUUUGAUGCAUGACCAAACGGGCAGAAUAGACCUGUUAUCACUGACCAUACUGCUACAGUUAACCUCAGUGAUUUACAGUCAUACUAGUUAGCCUAUAUUAGCUAACACUCACUUGACAUUUGCUAUCACUCACCAACACCACAGCUUCCUGUCUGUCUAUUUUACACAGUCAUGAGGAUUAUUUCUUACUGACAUUAAUGGUUUUAUUUCCAAAUUAAAGGAGGGCAUUUGCUGAACAAAGUACAAAUAUAAACUUAGUUCACUGACAAACAAAGUAACUAGUAUCGGUAAAUUACAAAGGACCAGAUUUAUAAUGAUUUGGUGUCACCAAUAGCAAACAUUAUUGAGAGAGCUGGCUAAUGUUAGCUCUCCCAAAUAUUACUUAAUAUCAUUAACAGUUUGAAGGUUGGUUAUUAUUGAUAAUCAACUACAUACCUGCUGUGUGUACGCGCUACACAGUGAGAAUCUGUGACCCAGAAAUUGAAGUAUAGUCAGUGAAAAUAGGUCGGACCUCAUGUAUCAUGAUCAUAGACUGUAUGACAUGGCAGCUCCCCACAAGUGAAGCCAAAACAACUCUAUCUCCCCCUGGUGGCGUCAAAUAAAUUCUUCCCUAAGAUGGUUCAUGUCUUUGAGGUAGUUCUUGUCACACUGAUGUUCAAAUGUUCGUUCUUCUGAUAAAUUUUGUUGUAACUAGCAACUUGAUGUUUAAACAAGGGGGACUGAGGUCAUAAUUGACAGCUGCUUGGGACUGGUCGUACAGGUGUACGCGAGGGAACUUGAUACCAAAGAGAUCGUAAUAAUCGUAGAAAUUAAUAAUUUUGUAAAAGCAUUUUUCAACCCAAGGUGAGACAACAAACUGAUGGGUUACAGUUGGACUUGUCAUACCUGCCUUUUGACUUCAGUAGAGGUGGCACCAAUGCAAAAAUUUGAACUCUGUCGCUGACCUCAUGACCUUUCCCUCUCUAAUAGCUUCCUUGCCCAUGUUCAGAAAGUAAAAGUAUCAUUAAUUUGUUCGUCAAUCAAUCCUUUGUCACAUGGAAUAGUACGAGGUACGACUCCAGUGACGUGAUCCUGUCAGCUCCUUCAACUUGUGCUCUGUAAUUUAGUCCUUUUUGCAUCCUCUUACAUCGCUGGCUGCUGCUUUAUCAAUGUCCGUAUUUCCGAGAGGUUCUGGUAACCAGUGGUUUCUGGAAUGAUUUAACUGUAGUUUUGGGCCCAGUUGCUUCUGUUGUUGCACAAAUUAAAUUCACCACCUACUCAGUGAGUUCAGUGAUGUCAUCGGUGGUGUUGAUGGUGGUGUCCUGGUACGUUCUCCAGACUAUGAUGGGCUUCAUCUCUCACGUCAGUGGGGGGCGGCGUUUUCAAUAGUUUACAUAUCUCAAGAAGAUGGCUGCAAGGUCGUCCCUCAUGAACAACCAAACGCCAGCCUUCCCUGACGGCAUAGUUCUUUAGCCACUGUGAGGGUCGAAGGACAGAGGGAUGUCAUGUGCCUUAAAGCCCUCUGAGGCAAACUGUGAUAUGUGAUAUUGGGCUUUAUUAACAAAAUUGAAUGUAACCAGAUGAACCCUGUUAUAUGUUAUAGUGCGCUCAGUUGGGUCAACUACACAGUGAAGCUGAUAAUGUCCAAAGGUUAUUUCUGAUGUUGAUUUCCUUUCAUUGUAACAGCUAUAAUAUGAAUAUUAGACAGCCUGCAGACCGGUCUUACAACACCAGUGAGCUUGAUAUUAAAGGUUGAUCUCUGCCAUACACAAUCAUUGUCAUUAAAAAACACCCUUUACAGUAUGCACCACUGCACUAUUGUCACAGUUUUACCAAUUCCAUUAUGUUUUAUAUUUGUUCUUUCUGUAGAGAUGAUCUCUAUCUGCACAUAGUAGUCAAAUGUGUUUUUACCUCAUCCUUGCUUUUAGCAGGAGCUCUCUAUGUGUAUGUGCUUUGAGCCUGGAAUCAAAUUCUUUACGUGCUCACAUACUUUGACAAUAAAAAAAGCUGAUUCAGGU